GACACUUCAUAGUACCUUUGAGCAUGAAACGCGGAGGUGGUAAGGGUUUGCUGUGACUAUCACUGCAUAGUUUCGUUCCCAUACAACAGCGAUGGACUUUCUUUUGAACUCGUAUGUUGAGAAACAAAUUCAGCUACGUACAAGUUCUGGACAUUCUCCGGUGCGCUUCAGUUGAGAAUAAGGGCCCCACAGCUUCCUUAUUAUGUCAAAGCGGGAAAAUUUCCUGGAAAUGAAUCGGCUACACUUCGACGCUCAUCCUGGUUCACUAUGGUUUUGACCAGGGUUAAUUGCUGUUGUGUGAAAUCCAUGGCAUGAGUUUUUGAGGGAGUGCAGGUGUCAUUGAACCUCUCACCUUAGAAGAUAAUAGAAGAUUACUUUCGGGCAAUUUAAUCUGUCUGAUUUUGCUAGAAUUUCAGUCUGAUGCGAGUUGGCAUAAGACAGAAAACCUGCCCCUCUGGUUGAGUCCCGCCAAUUUGUCGAAGGUCUUAACGGUAUGGUUUCGCAGGAAUUAAUGACGUCUGCGCACCCUGAGCAUCUUUUGCAGGGUUUAAGGUAUUGAGUUUUGAUACCGCACAGUUUUGUGUCACGCUUGUAGCAGAUUGUUGAGGGAGGCGAUUCUUGAUAGUCAUUACAACUGCAGCUAUGGCGACAUUGCUCAUGCCGUGUAUCUCCCGGUUUUUGGCAUCUCCUCACUUGAGACCAGCAUUGAACGGCCAUGGCACAACUAGCGACUUCAUCCGAGUCAGUAAAUCGAUUAAUCACGUCGUUCCGAGGUUGUGGGCGCGCAUCACAAGCGCACAGGCUGCCUCUAGAGCGGUAGAGAACGACCUUCAAGGGUAUUGGAAGCAUGUUUAUAUCUGCAAUUCUGGGCGGGAAAGGCAGGUGGAGUUUUUGCCCUUUAUUGUCGAAGACAGUAAAAUUGGUUACAUCCACCCUAAAUUCUUAAAACAUUUGAGACGGUUUCCUGAGGUUUUUAUUGUUAGAGAUGAUGUAGUCAAUGGCAUGAGUAAAGGCUGGGUCACGUUGCACGAAUUGCUUCAGACACCUCAAUUACGCACUGAUGCGAUUGGGGUUGUGUUGCUCUCUCUCGAAAUGGAGGGACUAAUUCCUGGCUGGCGCAAUGAGCAUUACCCAGUGGUGAUCAGUUUUGGAGGACGCUCACUCUUCAGUCUAGAGCGUGCCGCUGUCCCUUUUUUUGGCAUUAAGGCAUAUGGUGUACACAUGAAUGGUUAUGUUCAAGUCGAUGGAGAGAAACAUCUUUGGGUUGCUAAGCGUAGUGCAACGAAGCAAACAUUCCCAGGCAUGCUCGACCAUCUUGUCGCUGGCGGACAGUCUGAAGGGAUUGGCUGCAAGGAGAACCUUCUCAAAGAAUGUGAUGAGGAAGCUGCAAUACCUGCAUUUCUUGCUGAAAAAGCAACUGCUGUAGGAGCUGUUUCUUAUGAGCAGAUCAAGGGAGAAGCAUUCAAGAGGGACGUUCUGUUUUGCUAUGAUUUGGAGCUGCCCGCGGAUUUCCAACCUUCUAAUAAAGACGGUGAAGUUGAAAGCUUUGAGCUGGUGCCUGUUGCGGAAGUGGCAGAAAUCAUCCGCACUAGCCAGCGCUACAAGCCUAACUGUGCCCUUGUGGUUAUUGAUUUCCUUUUCCGAAAUGGAUAUAUUCAUCCAGAUCAACCAGGUUAUCUGCAACUCCUGCAAAGCUUGCGAAGUGGUGAAUGUCAAUAACAAUUGUAAGCAACUUGGGGGAGAACUGCUGCAUAGGGAAGAGAAAUCUUGGCUGGAUUGGUCUUCCGCUCUUGAAAUUUGAAAGAAAACCGUGCAAUAUGUAUCAAUUUCUUGCUAAUCAAUCUCUUCCACGAGUAAUUUUUUGGUUCGAGGACAGGAAUUCCUCAAAA